CAAGAAAUGAAUAUCCUUCAAUCAAACAUCGACUACUUGACUACUAAAAUUGAAAAUAAUAAUUUUGCAAACGAAGAAGAUAAGUUUAAAUAUGAACAAGGCGGCAAACAACUUACUCAACAACAAGCACCAAGUUCACAAAGAGAUGUUGAACAUUUUGACAUUGACACAAUGCAACAGCCCAUGACAACGUCCAGCGAUAGUGUCAGCCCAUCAUCUUCUUUCAAAUACGAUUUAUAUGGAGGAAAUAAUCAUCAAAGUCGUCGGGAAUCUUUGCACGAUACCCAUCGACGAUUAUCUCAGCAAAGUUUUGGACAGUUGCCGGUCGAAAGUUCAGCCGCCAAUUUCAUUGGGUCAGAUCAAUCAGGUGAUAAAUACGUCCAAGACAGCUUCGAAACCGAGAAAAUCAAGUCAAAUCGAACAUCACCGAAUGCAGAAGAUGAUCAAUCCCAUCCUAGAGAAGUUAGACGAAAAGGAUCCAUACGGUUUUAUGAUGAAGUUCAGUCAUUUGAGGAAAAAAAGGGAAUUGAAGCUUCUCCGGAAUAUACAAAAGAUGAAUAUGAUUAUGGAAAAAAUCUUCAACAACAGGCACAACAAGAGUACACAGAUCCAACAGGCUAUGACCAAUCUGAUAGCAUCAUAAAGGCCGGGCAGUAUGACACCUCCCAAUACAUCGAUCAACAAAACUAUGACGAGAAUCAGUAUGGAGCGGGUGAUCUCCAAUCAACCAAUGAAUAUGAGUAUCAAUAUACACAAAACUAUGACCAAUCCGGCUAUCAAGCAGAUGAGCAGCCAAGUGAAUUGUUAUAUCAACCAGAACAAUACGUUGAUGGGCAGUACCAACAAAUAGUUUCAUUAGGAUCAACUUUAGAACUUGAAAAACAUCAACCAACACAACAACAGCAAAACUUUCCUCAAUUAACUUCAAGCAAUUCGGAAAUGGAUAGGAAAUAUAAAGGAAACGGAAACAACACAGUAUCAAGUAGACAGCCUGUGUCCAAACCGCCUUCCAAAAAAAAGUUCACAUAAUUAUACUUUAAACCAAAUCAACUUUGAAGAAGAAAUUAGUAGUCUAAAUUUUUUUAACUAUGGUCACGAUUAAUUUGAAAUCUAGUCAUUAUAUUUACUCUAGUCACUAUAUUAUAUAUGAAUUGAAGGCAUCUAGAACAUUCACUUGUUAAAAUUUAUAUUUAUUUAAUUUUAAUUAUUGAUCUCUAUUGCUUGAAAAAACAAUAAAAAGUACAACUUUAAUCAAUUGUAAAACUCAA